AUGGAUACGAACAACGACUCAAUUGGAGCCUUACGCAGCCUCUAUGAGGCCCUAGAAAUCCCGCAGACAGGCGCCAUAGACUGUUUUGCUAAAGCAAAGAGGAAGCCCAAUUGCUCACACAAGCUUCCAGAUGAGAGAGACGAUAUAGAUGAUCUUAUGAAGAGGCUGGUGCUCACUGAGAGCUAUGGCAAACACUCCAAUGGACUCAACAUAACCCACAGCUCCGCCAUAAAGGAAUUGACUGGGAAGCUUGUCUGUUCAACAAAUUCCUUGCAUUCAACAAGGGUUUUAGUCGACAGCAAGAGAUACUUACCUCAGGAACAAUUCGUUCAAUCCGUCUUGAGCUUGAGAUUCGAAAGAUGGAAAUCGGAAAACCUGAGACAGAAUCAGAGCACAAAGCACAGCACGGCCGCUCGUUCUACUAUAAGAUCUUUGCCUUCUCGUUCAAUUGCUGAAUGCACGCCAAAGCACAGAAGAACUUCUGGCCGCAGCCAGCGCGUCAAUGACAGUGAUGAAGACACGGAGACGGAUGCUGGAUAUAGUUCCGAAGCAUCAACGCAAAUGAGCCUUCGCCGACCAAAACUCGUCAGAGAGAAUCACAGGGACGAACAAGAGACAUUGAUGACGCCUGUGAGAGGUCGAGGCUAUAGACUUCACAACAACUAUGUCGACGUUUCAAAAGUACUUCAAGAGCCUAGAAACCUAUACCCAUCGCCUGAUUUUGAUCAAUCUGUCUUUUCUCCUGGAUCUGUUGCUUCGCCAGGUGCUAGCGAAGUGUUUUCUCCUAUCUCGGCUGCGUCAACACCCGACUCUGUCUAUAGCACUACGGGAUUCGAUUCUCCUCUGUCUUCAUUCCGCGGUAGCUCUCGUCGCAUGCGUAAUGAGGAGAGUCCAACACGCCAUGGGGAAUGCGACGAUAUCAGCUUUCUCACGAGGGAGAUGGCGCGAAAGAUGAAACUUUGUGAAGACAACUCCAGUACUAAGGACAACCUUAUUGAUGGCGAAGCUGUUGGUGAUAUGAACAACGUCAUUGGUGAGGGUGAUGAGGAGAGCAACGACGAGAGUGACGAUAGGUGCGAUGAGGUUAGCCCGGCUGAAGAACCUACGCACAGCUCAUCAUCUCGCCAACUCAUGACAUUCUCCCCAAGAGAACAUAAACUGCCUAUCAAACGAAUAUUUGAUUGUAUGAAAACAAGACUAGCAAAAAAAAAGCAUGGGUACAUUUAUUGCUUCGCCGAAGAGUCGGCACCUGGCUAUCUGAAGAUUGGACACACCGAAUCUGACCCAAUGGAAGGGGACAUGGAAGCACCCGUUUCAUCAACAAUGAAGAGGACGAAAGAUGAUAAAGUGCAAGAGAGAAUCUUGUACUGGAGACGCACAUGCAAGCACGAGAUCGACCUCAAGUUUCGGAUCUUUAUGCCAUGUGCAGUGGCAAAGAUGGAGAAACUGAUUCACCGUACCCUACACAAAGAGCAUCGAUUCGCAAAAUGUCCAGCUCCAAAGUGUGAUAGAAACCAUCAAGAAUGGUUCCAAACAUCCGUGGAAGAGGCACUUAGAGUUACCAAGGUUUGGCAAGAGUUCAGCAAGUUGAAGCCUUACGAGGAUUCAGGCGAGUUGAACAGAAAGUGGUGGGACCUUGCGUCGGAUUACCAGGACAAGCCGGGUAAAUCAUAUUCAGCCAAUAUGAAGUGGCUGACAGUAUGGAAUCAAAAACUGACUAGAAUGGGCGAGGAGAGUAUUAAGGAGAGAAAAGAGGCGUUACUCGACCGCCUGAAAGAUGCUGAGGAAUCGACGAAGUGGGCUGAGAGGCAGUUACGGAAAGCAGAAGAGGAAGAAGAUUCCAUUCGACGGGGGCUGAGUGAGUUGAAGAUUGGUGAUAGGUAA